CUGGUGGUGGAUCAGCUGAGCAUGCGGAUGCUCUCGUCCUGCUGCAAGAUGACGGACAUCAUGACAGAGGGGAUCACAAUUGUGGAGGACAUCAACAAGCGCAGAGAGCCGCUCCCCAGCCUGGAGGCCGUGUAUCUCAUCACGCCGUCAGAGAAGUCCGUCCAUUCUCUCAUCAGUGACUUUAAGGACCCGCCGACCGCCAAGUACCGGGCCGCCCACGUCUUCUUCACCGACUCCUGCCCAGAUGCUCUGUUCAACGAGCUGGUAAAAUCUCGAGCGGCCAAAGUCAUCAAAACACUGACAGAAAUCAACAUCGCAUUUCUGCCCUAUGAGUCACAGGUGAGGCUGUGGAAGGGGCCCCAGGACACCCUCCUGGCUAACCCCAUCCUGGAGCGCCUGGCAGAGCAGAUCGCCACCCUGUGCGCCACGCUGAAGGAGUACCCGGCCGUGCGGUACCGGGGGGAGUACAAGGACAAUGCUUUGCUGGCUCAGCUAAUCCAGGACAAGCUUGACGCCUACAAAGCGGAUGACCCCACGAUGGGGGAGGGCCCCGACAAGGCGCGCUCGCAGCUGCUGAUCCUGGACCGCGGCUUCGACCCCAGCUCCCCCGUCCUCCACGAGCUGACGUUUCAGGCCAUGAGCUACGACCUGCUGCCUAUUGAAAACGACGUGUACAAGUACGAGACCAGCGGCAUCGGAGAGGCGCGGGUGAAGGAGGUGCUCCUGGACGAGGACGACGACCUGUGGAUCGCCCUGCGCCACAAGCACAUCGCGGAGGUGUCGCAGGAAGUCACGCGAUCUCUGAAAGACUUUUCUUCUAGCAAGAGAAUGAAUACUGGAGAGAAGACCACCAUGCGGGACCUGUCCCAGAUGCUGAAGAAGAUGCCCCAGUACCAGAAAGAGCUCAGCAAGUACUCGACCCACCUGCACCUGGCGGAGGACUGCAUGAAGCACUACCAGGGCACCGUGGACAAGCUGUGCCGCGUGGAGCAGGACCUGGCCAUGGGCACCGAUGCUGAAGGGGAGAAGAUCAAGGACCCCAUGAGAGCCAUUGUCCCCAUCCUCCUGGAUGCAAAUGUCAGCACCUACGACAAAAUCCGCAUCAUCCUGCUCUACAUCUUUUUGAAGAAUGGCAUCACCGAGGAAAACCUGAACAAGCUGAUCCAGCACGCCCAGAUCCCCCCCGAGGACAGCGAGAUCAUCACCAACAUGGCGCAUCUGGGGGUGCCCAUCGUCACUGACUCCACUUUGCGUCGCAGGAGCAAGCCAGAGCGGAAGGAGCGCAUCAGUGAGCAGACCUACCAGCUCUCCCGAUGGACCCCGAUCAUUAAGGACAUCAUGGAGGACACGAUUGAAGACAAACUUGACACCAAGCACUACCCGUACAUCUCCACCCGCUCCUCGGCCUCCUUCAGCACCACCGCUGUCAGCGCCCGCUACGGGCACUGGCAUAAGAACAAGGCCCCCGGCGAGUACCGCAGCGGCCCCCGUCUCAUCAUCUUCAUCCUGGGGGGCGUGAGCCUGAACGAGAUGCGCUGCGCCUACGAGGUGACCCAGGCCAGCGGGAAGUGGGAGGUGCUCAUAGGAUCCACGCACAUUCUCACCCCACAGAAACUGCUGGACACGCUGAAGAAACUGAAUAAAACAGAUGAAGAAAUAAGCAGUUAAAAAAAAUAAGCCUCCCUCCACGCCCGACCCCACAGUCCCCCGCGGCCCGCCGCGGCCGCCUGUUCCUUUGCCCACCCGCCCGCUCUGCACGCCUGGCGGCACGUCGUGCUGCGUUCCUGUGUUCAGUGAUGCCCUCUUCUCGUUUGAAACAAAAGAAAAUAACGCAUUGUGUUUUUUCAAAAGAGCAUCUUCUGUAUGUACCCUAAGGAGACGCCCCUGUGCCCGUGACAGCCGCCGGGGUCCGGGCUGUUCCGAGCCAGCGGCCUCUCCGUCAGCCGUGGCCCUGUACAUAGCCGGGCCCCGUGCACGAUGCCUCGUGUGGGAAGUGGACACUGCGUGUCUGGCGCCCGUGGCGGCUGUCCUGCUCUGUCGGGGUCAGCUGUCUGUUCUCGGAACGAUGCAGACUAGGACCCGCCCUCCCUCCUCGCUCCAGCUCCUGCCCCUCGCCCCGACUCCGCCUGGUGAACUUGGCAGUGAAAACCGGUGACAUCUCGUGAGGUGUGAGCUGGGCCCCACCUUGUGGCUUCCACAGCAGCUCAUGAGCCAGAACCAGACUCGGGGUUGGGGCUGCAGGAAGGUGGGGGGUGCCGGCUGCGUCCUCUCCCCGCGCCGCCUGUCCCUGCCUGCCUGCCGUGUGCGAGCUGUCGCCGCACCCAGACAGCACAGGGCAGGUGCCACCGGGACCGGCCUCUCCUGGAGGGGCAGAGAGCGGGCCUGGGCCUGGCCGCCGCCCAGCACCUUUCCUUGGGGGUCAGCCCAGGGAGGGCUCAGGGGCCAGGCGUGGAUGGGAUCGUGCUGGGGUCCGGGGGCUCUCGGCUGAAGGAGGGUCCUUUCCCUGGCCGCAGCCCGAGGAGAGAAGCCCGCUGGCCUGCGCCCUGCACCGCUCGGAGGGUCCUCAGUCUAAGACACUUCAUUAUGCUUUCUUUUGUGUAGUGUGGGCUCAUGUGUCGUGCUUGUGAGAGAAAACCAGCCUUUCGUUCUCUGCAUAAAGACUUAGCUGUGUGAAUGCUUAGCUCUAAAGCCAACAUUAAAGAGCGCACAGAAAGGGCGUCUCGCCACCCUCCGGGCUCGGCGGCUCCCGCUCUCCAGCUGCGGCGAGCGCCAUCUGCUCUGCUGCUGUUGUCGUGAAAUAUAAUGACAGUGGAAGUCACAAAAAUGUCCCAGCCCCCGCCCUCUCACCCGCCGGCGCGUGUAUAUUGUCUCGUGACGUCGUGCAAACGUGGUGUGCGCUAAUUCAACGCCGCUUCCUUCCAGCCCCGUCCCCGCCCACCCGCCCGGCACGUGGCUUCUCCAGGCUCUGGUCCCGCCCUUUGCACUCAGAUUAGUUCCCAGGUCUCCUGUCUCCCUCCUGCCCGAGAGCCCCUUCCCUCAGGCCAGGUAGGGCCCUGCACGGCCCGCCCGCACUGUCCACCGCCUCUUCUGUCCCCUCGACGCUCGCGCUUCAGGACCUUUGUCUGUCAGACAUGUCGGUUUUCCUUUCUCUGUUAUUUAUAUAAAGAUAAUUUAUCAAAAGGAUAUUUUAAAAAAGCUAGUCUGUCUUGAAACUUGUUUACCUUGAAAUGAUCAGAUCUCAGUGUUUGGAAGUAUUGAAGCACAAACAUGUAUCAUCUGUACCGUUCUGUACUAAAGCACUCGAGUCUAAUAAACCAAUCAGUCCGCACCCA